AUGGAUGUCCUUUCCAACAAUGGUACCGUCGGCUGGCUAUCCGGGCCCAACACGCGGGGGACGAUGGACAUUAUCUGGUCAUCUUUAUUGACGGUUUUUUUGUGUACUUGGACCGCGAUAUGUCUAAAUCUUCCUGGUCCAAAAGAUAGUCAGUUCCAAAUCUUUUGUCGUCGGGCGAAGUGGAUGUUUUGGGCGAUUGUCUCCCCGGAGUUGGUCCUUUCCGUUGCUAUCGGUCAACAUGCCUCAGCACGGCGAUCUGUGAAGCGUUUCCGCAAGUUGGGAUUGAAUGAAGACAGAUGGACACUUCGGCAUGGUUUCUAUGCCGACAUGGGCGGGAUGCUCCUUCAGCCUAGAGACAGCACGCCAUUUUUAGUCAACAGCCGUCAAUUGGCGUAUCUGGUCGAGAAGAAGUACUUGGAAUGCCCGCAGAUUACACAGAGUGAGAUAUGGGACAAGUCAAAAACGGAUACACUCGCGAGACUGCUCAGUUUGGGGCAGGCCACUUGGCUGAUGAUCCAACUCUUUGGUCGCUUUAUUCUUAAGCUUCCGACUACUACGCUCGAACUGUCUGCGGGUGCUAUUGUGAUAUGCACUUUUGGAACCUUUGUUUGCUGGAUGCACAAGCCAAGCGAUGUACACACCGGCAUUGUACUUAGCAUGGAGGUAAGCACAGCCGAGAUUCUCCUCGAUGCGGGUGAUGUCGCCGCUUCACCUUACCGUCAUACACCUCUCGACUUCAUCGCCAAACAGUCGUUCACUUGUGGUUACGACGUGAUGGGAUUUUUUGGUCUACGUCUUGAUGAUCGGGAAAGGCCCUUGCGACGCUUUCCAAAUGAUCGAUUCCCGGACAUCGGGACGCUUGAGAAAUUCUCACUGUUCUGUUUAACCACAGCAUUUGCUUCCUUCCAUCUCAUAGGAUGGUAUUUUAUCUUUCCAUCCCGAGUCGAGAGGCUUCUUUGGCGUAUCUCAAGCUCUAUUGUAACGGCUGCAACUGUUUUAUAUUGGAUUUUCGAAACAAUUGCCGCUCGUCAGCGCUUUGGCAGAUGGGACAAAUAUCUGGUCUGGCUGCGGCUCAAAAGGCCAACACCGCAGCAAAAGGUCGAUGCGAUGGCUACUUUGGCACGGCAGGAUACUGUCAGUCGUCUAGAUGCUUUUGAAAAAGAGCAAAGGGAGGCGAAACCUAUCUUAGGUUGGGAAAUCGGUAUUAUUGUUCCCGUCAUCUUCCUGUAUGCUAGUGCACGGGGAUAUAUGAUUGUCGAAGUUUUUGUUAGUCUACGACAGCUCCCCAUAGGGGCAUUCACAACUUUUGAAGUUGCGGACAUGCUACCUCAUUGGUGA